AAGUGAGGGCAGUGAAAGAAUUGGGAACUCUCAGAGGUGGCCUCUUACUCUCUCUCCCUCUCUAUCCUUCUCACCUCUUUGCACAUGUAGUUAGACUGUACACAAGCGUUUAUAGGCUGUGUGAAGCUCUUAAGGACAGUUCUGCAAGGAGGGAAACCUAAAGAAUCCCCUAAAACCUGGACAGACAAAGACAGCUGACCUAUUGAUCGGCUCACAAUGAAGCCGGUGUUAGUCCUCCUUGUUUCCACUGCCUGGACUUUGACUGGAGCCCAGUAUUACUACCAGGGGCUGAUGGAUUAUCUGGAGAACAGGUUGUUGGCUAUCGAGGACCGAAUGCAGUUUUGGCACGAGCAGUCCAUUCGCUUCCACACGGAGAUGAGGGAUUUUAAAAAGCUAACCGCCGAGGCCAUGGACGGACUGAAGAAUGAGCACAGCUUGCUUCAGAGAGACAUCGAAGGAACCGUGGUCCAAGUGGACCGGGUGGAGCGAGAGAUGGACUAUGUGGAGACUCGGACUUCUCCUCGGGCCUGUGCGAAUAAGGCGGACAAGGUGGUGGAGCAGGGAGCCUGGGGGCUGGAGGAGAACAGAGGAGAGCAAGAGGAGGAAGAAGACUGGGAGGAGCUGUACUCCAGGGUCUCUGACUGCGUGGAAAUCAUCUCCUCCAUCAGAUCGGUGAAGAUCCUGAAGAGAGUGGGCAGUCCCAAAGGCAUGUGGACCCGCGACCCGAGGUCGUCCAGGGUUUAUGUCUUUAAUGGAACAUCAGGAGACAUCGUCUCCCAGUUCAACUCUGUACGUGACUUCUCCAGCUCUGUCGGUCUCGCCAGCAGCAGACAGAUCAGGCUUCCAUCGGAGUGGAGCGGCCCUGGCAGCGCUGUUUAUAACGGAUAUUUGUACUACAUUCAGCACGAGGCCGAUAUGGACUUGCAGGUGGUCAAAUACGACCUCCUGAGCGCCUCGGUGACAGACAUUGCCAUGUUCCCGGUGGAGAGCCACGCUACUGUUUACACCCUCAACCCAGAAAUUGUUGUGGACCUCGCAGCCGACGACGAGGGCCUCUGGCUCCUGUACGCCGCCGGCGACAGCGAACCAAACAUCAACCUCGCAAAGAUGGACCCCGCCACGCUUGAUAUAGAAGAAAUCUGGGACACCAGAUGCCCGCGGGACAAUGCAGAGGCGGCUUUUGUAGUCUGUGGAACCGUCUACGUCGUCUACAACACCAGCCCAGCCAGCCGGUCCAGAAUUCAAUGCGUGUUUGACGUCAACGACAUGGUGAUCAACGCGGAGGCUCCCUUGCUCUACUUUCCCAGGAGGUAUGGCUCCCACGCCAGUCUGAAAUACAACCCCGAGGAGAAACAGCUCUACGGCUGGGACGACGGCUACCAAAUCAUUUACAGACUGACCAUGAAGAGGAAACUCUUGGUCUGACAGCAGGGAAGCGGUGUUAUGUUUUCAAAGGCGAGGAUGAAAAAUAGGAGCCGUAAAUUUGCUCAAGCUAUGAACCAGAGUCCCGGCAUACUUUUUAUCCACGGUAGAUUCG